GAAUUUUUGGAAGGAUUUUGAAGUGGGUAUAAAAGACCGCAGAAUCAACAAAAUGUCAUUCAACAAACAAUCAUCAAGGAAUAAUCAUGUUUUUGAAAAUCGUGGUUGCACUCAGCUGCAUUGCAGUUACAUUGGCCUCUGAUGGCUACUAUCUUCAGCCACAAGUCUAUGUUCAUGAACAACCACGACAUUUAAGUGAGCAUCUGAAUAGUGGCCUUGAAUACGGAAAUCAUGCUGCUCGUGGAUAUGACCAUGGAGGCCUGAGAAAUCUGCAGCAUUUACAGUCUGGCCAUGGAGCUAGCAAUUUCGGUGCUGGAAAUGCCCACGCCCUCAGGGAUCUCGCUGUUCAAAAUCAUCACGACCAGGGUGCCCAUGCAGCUCUCCAUUCAGCUGGAGCACAAGAAGGUCAUAUAAGAAAGGCCCAUGACCGUGGCUUAUACGAACGCGAAAAGAAGUAUGGUUACGAAAAGGGUUACGGCUAUGAACGUGAAACAAAGCACCACGACAGAAAUCAGGACGCUCAGAGUUAUGGCAGCGGCUACAAACACAAUGAAAACAGAGACCAUUACAACAGAGGUGCUAAUGCUUUACGUGAUUUGGCUUCCCAUGGAAACAGAUAUCAGCAUGGUUCCAAUGCUUAUGGACACAACAAUGCCCUCAUUGAUGUCGCCGCCAACCACAAUAGAGGAAGUGACAUUUUGUCCAACUAUGGUAGAGAUUUCAAGCUCCGAGAUUUGAAUGUUGCACGUCCCCAGCCCGUUGUCGUCUACCAGCCUGAAUACGUCCAGAAAAGUUAUCUCCCAGGAAUCGGCAACUCCUUAGACAGGUUUAGAUACCUCAGCUUAGGUGGAAUCAAUGGUCUUCAUGGCUUGGGUGGAAUCCGAGGAUACGGAUUGGGAUAUAACCAAAGUCCUCUACAAAUUCUGUCUCCUAGCCAAUCGCAUCUUGGUCUUGGCAGUUUAGGUGCCAGUAGCAUUUGGUAAACUUAAGGUUUAUAAUGUUUGACAUAUUUCGGAAAGUUAAAUGGACUUCUACUGUUGAGCCAGUGAUGGGAAACAUCUUUUUAUAUUCACAAUAAAUUAAUUUUUCUGUCAAUGCCCAAACGGUGUAAAUACGUAUAAUAAAAAAUUUUCUUUCAACAUAAAAA